ACAUAGCUCACCUUCUUCAGCAAGAACAAGACUUCCAAUUUUUAGCUUUCGAUUCCAGCAUAGCACUCGAAUUAGGUCUCCUAAUUCUCAAAAAUGCUCAACAAAAAGGGGUUCCUGUAGUCAUUUCUAUUACAUUGAACACGCAUCUUUUAUUUCACUAUUCCAUGCCGGGGACUAGUCCUGCGGAUGUUGAAUGGGUACGAAGAAAAAAUAAUGUUGUAAACCAAUUUUAUCAUUCUUCCCUUUAUGUUAGUGAAUAUUUGAAACAAAAUAAGAAGCUCGGUGAAGCAUAUUAUGCUGUUGACAAAGAAUUGGUUGCAUAUGGUGGUGCUUUUCCAUUAAUUGUUAAAGGUGUUGGUGUUGCUGGGACUAUCACAGUCAGUGGAUUAUCACAUAUCGAAGAUCAUGAACUUGUAGUGUUGUCUCUAAAAGACUUUUUUGGGAUGGAAAAAGAAGGAAAAAACAAAGUCGAAUAA